CGCAUGUCGUGCCACGGGCAUGGAAGCCCGUACCGCCGGCUCCCAGAGCGGUCUCUUCUCAUCCCCUCCAGGCCUGCGCCUUGCCGGGGGAGGUCAGACAUCCUCCCGGCGGGUGUCACCUGCGCCUGCCCGGGGCCGCUGCGGCGGGGGAGGCCGGCGGUCAGGCGGGGGAGCGCAGCGCAUCCCAGAUAAAAUGGAGAUCUCCUUCUCUCGGUGCAUUUAGGAAUGCAACUUGGAUCCCGGGAGGAUGUAUAAAGAUUAAGUGUCAAGCGCCAAAAUGAGUGUGACUUCGUGGUUCUUGGUGAGCAGCACUGGCAUUCGCCAUCGGCUCCCUCGGGAGAUGAUAUUUGUUGGCAGAGAUGACUGUGAACUGAUGCUACAGUCCCGCAGUGUUGAUAAGCAGCAUGCUGUGAUCAACUACGACAAGGAGAAAGAUGAGCACUGGGUGAAGGAUCUCGGGAGCUUAAAUGGCACGUUCGUCAAUGACAUGAGGAUUCCUGACCAGAAGUACAUCACCCUAAAACUGAAUGAUGUCAUUCGCUUUGGCUAUGAUUCAAACAUGUAUGUCCUGGAACAAAUUCAACACAAAGUCCCAGAAGAAGCGUUAAAGCAUGAGAAGUACACCAGCCAACUUCAGAUGAAUUACAAAGGCACGGCAAUGAAGAGGGCAGUGCAGCCCAUGGAGUACAGUGGCUACACAGAGUCCCCGCAAGCAAAGCUGGAGAAAGGAGAGAGGAAAACAAUUACAGAAACCAGUACUUACCGCACCCCUCUUUAUGGGCAGCCCUCCUGGUGGGGGGAAGAUGAUGCAAAUAACAAGGAGGACAGAAGGCAAGAGGAACAUUAUUCAGAAAGACCAAAAGAGAUAACCCAACAUGAAGAGGAACUGAAUGGUAAUAUUUCUGCUUAUAGAGAUGCCCAAGAACAGUCUGUGUUUGCCUUCCGUAGAGAGCCGAGUUAUUUUGAGAUUCCAACUAAAGAAUUUCAGCAGCCACCAAAAUCUCAAGAAACACAGGUCCAUGAGAUCCCAACAAAGGAUGUUGACGCUGUAGUAGCCCCCGUCGUACAAAGUCAUGCCUCUUUCACCAUUGAGUUUGAUGAUGGUACCCCUGGUAAAAUAAAGAUAAAAGACCAUGUGACUAAAUUUUCACUCAGACAGAGAAGACCAUAUAGUAAAGAACCAGCUCAUACGGAAGUGAUGUCAGCAGAGAGCAAAGUGGCUGACUGGCUUGUCCAGAAUGACCCAAGCUUGAUGAGACGGCAGUCUCCGGGUGAUGAUGUGUACAGUACAAAGAGUGACCUGCCGGUUCACGUGAGGACACUUAAAGGUUCCUGGUCGUUGACUGAAUCGUGUUGUGUGCCUUCACACCCGUUUCCUUCUCCAAAAAAAGGCAAUAGGCACGAGGACGGGACACAGAGCGACUCUGAAGACCCCGUAGUGCCCAAGGCAGAGAAGGAGACGAUGACGGGCAGUGAGCGUGCGACAGAGCAAACCAAGCUGCAGCGCCAGAUGAGGCGUGAUCCCCACGAGAUGCUGCACAACAAGCAGGCCUUUGUCAUUGAAUUCUUCGAGGACACGCCGCGGAAGAAGCGGUCGCAGUCCUUCACACACAGUGCUCACUCCUCCCAGAGCGACACUGAUCCGGGGAUGAAGACCAAGGCUGAAAAGCGCAAGAAUGCUUUACCAGCAGAGAAGCUGGGAAAUGCAGUGCCACCAUCCCACCUCGGGGCCCAGACGGGCAAACCCAGUAACAGCUCCUCCGGGACCCAAAGAACUAGCUCCUUCAAGAGGGAGAAGACAGAGGAUCGGAUCAACAAUUCGUCUUCCUCUGCUUCCAGAGUUAAAACGUAUGGGAGCGUUGGGAGGAAGUCUAAAAUGGCUCAGGAUUUUAUGGCUGAGUACUUGCGGGAGACUGCUCAGUCUGGGAAGCCAAAUGCUGAGAAACCAGCACCUCUGCCUGUGCCGGUAGCUCCGCGUGUGGUUAUAUCAUCAGAACCAGAGUCUGCCUCUACUCCACCUCCAGAGGUAAAGUCUGCCCAGGGCAGGAGAAAUGAUGAAGAAGACAGUGUAAGUGAGACGGGCACAUACACAAUUGAGACGGAGACGCAGGAUAAAGAGGUGGAGGAAGCACGAAAAAUGAUAGAUCAGGUUUUUGGUGUUCUUGAGUCACCUGAAUUUUCCAGAAUCUCUUCAGCUUUUAGACCAAUAAUUAAAGGUGAAAAAGAUGACUCCAGUUCUCAUCAGCGUCUAAUCAGUGAAAAUGGCACUGGUCAGAAGUCACCCUUGCUCCAGGCAUUUGCCUCAAAAGCUGUGAGUGGGUCUCAGGCUGAUGCACAGAUGUCUGCAGCAUCUCAAGGGAGUCAGAAGUGGGUGUCUAGGUGGGCAAGCCUUGCGGACAGUUACUCAGACUCCGGAUCUGUCUCUGGGCAGGGUGAUGGAGGUUCAGAAAGUGGUGUAGCCCCAAAAUCCGGGGAACCAGAAAACACUGUGCCCUUGAGAACAAGACGCCUUCUUCCUCAACUCCCACCAAGUGAUAAAUCGGACAGUCCCACACCCACGGUCCUGGUUUGCCAGGAGUCCUAUUCUGAGGUUACCAAGAGAACCAUUGUGAAGGACCACUGCGUGGAAGCCUACAGUGAUCCCAGCAGCCGUCUCUUCAUCCAAGAAGACUUGGAUCCAGAUAGCCUUAGCGAUGCCAGCAGAUCUGAUGAUGGCUUCAGCACAGAAAAAGGCAAGAAAUAUAAAGAGAACAAUAAAAUGCUAGAGCAGAUGGGAGAAGACACAAGGUCAGAGAGCCAGCAGCCAGGAGCCUCCCGAGUCUCAAACGUGAGAGCUGUAAGUGAGCCAGUUUCUACUUCAUUCUACAUUGGUGAUGACAGCAGUGAUGCAGGGAUUCCCUCCAAGCUUCCUCUGAGCAUGUCCCAUGCUCGAGCAGACAAAGACAGCAAAGAUCAGGAGUUUUCCUUCAAGUCUGCUGGCACACCAGUUCCUGGAAAGCCACCGGUCAAAGAUGUUAGCGCUUACAUAAGUGCAUCUGGAAAAGUCGUUAUUUCCCUUCAUCAGAGUCUUCCUCAAGAUCAAGAAAACAUGUCGGGAAAGGAAGCAUCAUCUUUUGUUAGACAGGAAAGUUUUACCAAAGAUAAAUCUAGUAGUGGUGCUCCUCAAAAUAAACUCCCGCAUAUUUCAAGUCACCCUCUACUUAAAGAUUUAGAGGCUGUUCGGUCAACUCGUAUGGACUUCGGUCAGGAGACUCACCUUCUCCUUAAGGACACUGAAACUGCCUUGGCAGCACUGGAAGCCAAAUUACUUGGUCAAAGCCAACAGCUGGAGCCCUUGGAAACUGCUGGUCAGCUGGAGGACUCCUUGUCAGGGGACUCAGACGUGGACACUGCCAGCACAGUCAGCAUGGUGAGCGGCAAAAAUGUUCCAGCGAGCACCCCAAAACGCAAAGUGAUCGCGAGCUUGCAGAAGGAGAAAUCUUCCUCUACGCCAUCCAUCCAGGACCAGUGUGGGCAGCCCACUGCUCGGGACAGACUGACGGAGAAGCGGAAGACGCAAGCACCAGAGGCGUCAAACCGCGUGGAGGCUGCCAAACGCUUCCAGAUGAAGCGCAGUGCUGGGACUCGAGGGUCUCUUGACUUCACAGAUGACGAGAGAAGCUCAAGCUUACCCUACUUGCCAGUCCCUGAUGCAGUCGUGUCUGACCAUGAGCACUCUGUAACCCGUCCGGUUCCCAGAAGGAAACCUUUUACUCAGGCCACCAAGGAGGACCACAGCAAAACAACCUCAAAUGUGCAGAAAAUCCAGCAAGUCCUCACCCGCUCCAACAGUUUAUCCACCCCACGACCCACAAGGGCCUCGAAGCUACGUCGUGCCCGGCUGGGAGAUGCCUCAGAUAAUGAAUGUGUCGAUACUGAGAAAACAGCGUCCAACCCUGAAGCCACCACUCUGGGCCCCAAGCAGUCCACAGAGACAAAGAAGCUCUCCCGGCUGGACAUCCUUGCCAUGCCAAGGAAACGGGCAGGCUCGUUUACAGUGCCCAGUGACCCUGAGACGGCGCAGUCGAGGACAGGGUUUUCGGGCCGGAGUGUGGAGUCCUAUCGGAAGACAGGUGUUUCAGAUGUUAGAGCUGCGGCGAGAAAAAUGGCAGCUGCUGCCUCUGCAAAGCAGCCUUUCAACAGGACGCGUUCAAGCAGUGUCAAGUAUUCCUCCUCGUCCGCAUCAAGGCGGAGACCACAGGGUUCAGAUUAUACUUCUACUUCGGAGGAGGAAUAUGGCUCAAAUCACAGCUCCCCUAAACACAAACGCUCCCAUACUUCAACAGCCACACAAACACCGAGGAUACGUGGCUCUGGGCUGAGCAAGCAGAAGCACAAUGGCAGAGAAACGGAUGAUGAUGAAGAUUUUGAUGACCAUCCUGACCCAUACAACUUCAUGGCGCAAACAGCAGAGAUAGCAGAAAUAGCCAGGCUCAGCCAAACCUUGGUCAAGGAUGUGGCCAUCCUUGCUCGAGAGAUUCAUGAUGUUGCUGGAGAUGGGGACUCUCAGAGUUCAUCGGGGACAGGACCAAGCACCUCCCUCAGCUCUAUGCCCAACACUCCUGCAUCUACCAUAUCAGCGAGAGAAGAGAUUGCUCGUAGAUCUUUUCGGCUGGCAUAUCCAUCUCAGUUGGUGCAGCACAUUCCAGAAGCAAGUCUGAACUACCAGAAAGUGCCUCCGGGAUCAGUGGAACUGAAGGAUUUUGACCAAAAUAUGAACAAUAAUAGAGAAGAGGAUCCCUCAAGAAAAACAAGGACAAGAAACCGUGAGGAGGUAAUCUUUGACAAUCUGAUGUUGAACCCAGUGUCCCAGUUAUCACAUGCAAUCCGUGAAAAUACAGAAAAUCUUGCUGAAAAAAUGAAGAUUCUGUUUCAAAACUCAGAAAGGACCUGGGAGGAGAUGGAGGCCAAAAUUAAUUCAGAAAAUGAAGUGCCAAUUCUGAAGACCUCAAACAAGGAAAUCAGUUCUAUCCUGAAGGAGCUCAGGAGAGUUCAAAAACAGCUUGAAGUCAUAAAUGCUAUCAUUGACCCUACUGGAAACUUGGAUGUAGUUGCCAGUAACAAAGCAUCUUCUGCUGCUAAACAAUCUACAGCCACUAAAGUCAGGACUGCUAACAAUUCUGGGUCUACACUGGAGACUUUGUCCCCAGCACAGAUGAGAAACUACACACAGAAAUCGAACUGUGGGUCUUCUAGCUUACAGGAUUCGAAUUUCAUUCCAGGUGGAGAGAAAUAUGUGAUCUGAUAGAAUAUUUUGUAUUGCUAUCAUAUUGUAAUCUACUGUUGCAUUAGUAUUGUGUAUGAGUGGUUUGUGGACAGUUUGUGUGGAGCAGUUGUUUAGAUUGCUAACACGUUGCACAAAAAAAAAUAAUCUAUGCUGUGAGGGUGGAUGGAAGGUCUGUGUAUGCCCUUUAAACAAGACUAGCACUGUGGAGCAGCACAUAUUCAGCAUAGAGGCGAACUGAUUUUUGGAAAAUUACUAUUUCUUCCAGUGUGCCAUAAGAAAACAGGCUUUGCACAUGCUCCAUCCAAUACUGUCAAAGAUAAAGUGUUGUUGCAUUGACCUGUUCAUAAUUAUUCAGUUGUAAUGAGAUGCAAUUUUAAAAACCACCUUUCUUGGUACUAUAUUUGUUUUGGUUUUAUUUGUUUUCCUGGUUUUUUUUUUCUGCUUGUUUUGGGGUUUUUUUGGGUUGGUUUGGUUGUUUUUUUGUUUAAGCAUACAAGUGAAGCAUAACAACUCUGUUGGAAUCAAUGUGCAAAUCCAACAGAAUGAUCGUGCAAUAUCAUGGAUUUCUAGGGGAAACUCUUGGUACAGUUGUGUAAGAAGCCAUAAAAAGGCAACCACAGUGAAGUUGUGCAUCUUUUUCAGCCCAAAACAGAACAGAAUAAACCAUUUGUUUUUUCUCUUGGGAAAGUGUAAAAGUUAAUAUUGGUAUGAAUGUAAAGACUACUAAUAUGGUUACUAUUUUUGAUGAUGUUUCAGGCCCAAAGUUUGGGGUAGGUACAAAAAGUAAGAUUCUACAGUUUAGCUUGCCAAAUUUUCGUGAUUUUGCUAAAAAUGCUGUCUUUAAGCUGCUUUUUGGUUUUGGUUGUUUUGUUGGAGGUUUUUUUUUUUCCCCUUUACAUAUACAAUCUUUCACAAUGAGCUACAAAUGCUCUUGGCUGGGCCAAAGACUAAGAUAUUGUGAUUAGCUAAUUGCUAAGCAAAGCAUCUAUUCCAGUGGCUCAUGCAAUAAACUUAAUUGCACAGUUGCUGUGAACUAGUGUUCACUUGACAGCACUGAAAAAAAAUGAUGGCUUAAAUGUAGCUCCACCUUUUAUGGCUAGUUCUGUUAUGAAUCUUUUUCAAUGCAAAAGUGCUUGAAGACCACCAUUCUGUGGUAUUCAGAAACUGUUCAAGAGUGUCAAGCACUUGGUACAUUUGGGAUUUUUGUCUGGAUUUUAUUUUUGGUCUGUUAUAAUCCUAGAAACACUAAGGAUUAUGCACAGUUGCACUGAGCAAUUUCUUGUUUAAAACCAGUUGGUUUUUUGUAUUCUGUCUUUCUGCUAAACUGCAAAACACUAAGCAAUUUUUGUGGCUUGAAGAACAAAAUUUUUGGUUUUUGAGGGGGCCUCUUCCAGAUGUGUUUGCUCCCAGUUUUUUCAGUCUUGUAUCAAUUCCUUUUUCAUUUUUCCUGGUCAAUAAAAAGUAAUUGGGUAAAGAAAUUCUUUUGUAGCUGACGAGGAUACGUUUACUGGGAAAGGUGAGCAGAUGAGUUCCACUUUGCCCUCAUACAGUGCGUAGUUUAACCAGUGAAAAAAUGGUUUCCCAAGCUUGACUGCUUCUUGUGUACUGACUUUAUAUUUUGGGGUGGGUAGUGGAUUCUUUAGUUAGCUUCAGUAGUUACCUGAGCUUUUCUGCUAGAAUGUUGUAACAGUGGGAACCUGUUAAAAUAAUUUAAAUAAAUAGGGAUGCUCACAAAGUGUUUAAUCUUACUAGCCAAGAUCGUGAUGGCUUUCCUGGUGAUGCCAGUGAGAGCUGUUCAUCAAUUCAGCAGAAACAGGAUCGGUCCCAAAAUGGGAGUAUGCCAACAGGCCAUUAGUUUCUUUGAGUGUGCAAGAUGCUGGCUGAUAAACAGUAGGUGCAAAUAUUCUUCUAAGAUUUCCAGUAGGUUAUAAGACUCAUCAGCUUGUGUGGAGAUGCUCUUCCAUGAAGUCUGCUGGAUUUCAUGUAGAUGAAUGCAGAAUAAAAAAGAAUUUGCCCUUGAUGUUCUUCUGCCUGUAAUAUAUGCACUAUCUGAAUGUGUUCAUCCAGUCGUUUAUUCUGAUCUGUCUUUUCUUGAAAUACCUAUGUCCUUGAUGAAUAUCAUAAGUGGUGGUAUUGUUUCUGACAUAUGAGACACAAUUUUUCAGGCCCUUUUGGGUUAGGGUUUGAACCAACCAGGUGCUACCUCAACUCAGUAGGAGUUGAAGGACCUUCACAGAUUAGAUAUUGCUGUUAGUUUUGCUGUAGAGACAAGUGAAUUAUGCAGACAUCUGACAUGUAUUAUUAUUUGUUAACCAUGUUUCCACAUCUUCAUAGUUACGCUCUAGUGAAUUUUAUUUCUCAAAACAGAAGUCCCAUCAUGUACUUUCACUUGAAAAUUGCUUUUUUCUUCUUUCAUCCAUGAAUAUAUCAAGGAUGGAUUUUAUUCCUUGGUUGCUCUGUUUUGAACUUGAGAGAGAGCCCGCAGACAUCUUGCAUCAAUUAAAUCAACCCACAAAAUAUGGUACCUUUUCAAGUGACUAGUAAGGAUGCAACAAUUGGUGUCUGUUUGUAAUUUGGAAAUGUGUGUGUGAAGGGGGUGGAGGAUGCACAGCUUGAUUUGUUUUAUUUGUGACUCAGCCAAACUAUAAAAUGCUUCUGUGUCCUGACAUGACAUUCCUUGGAUCUCUGCAUUUAAAACAGUUUUACUAGUUAAUGAUGAAAUGCAACAUAUUUUUUUUUUUUUUUUUCUUGUAUUCACUGCUUCAGAAGCAUACCCCAUUUGCACUUGUCUGCUCCAGGUAAGCCAAAGAGCUGGCCACCUGACUAACUCCUUCAUUGAUUGUUCAUUAUUACAAGCAGUACUGUACGCAAUCAUGAAAACAUGCCUCUGGGUGACUCCACUAGAAGUGGUGUAUCUGGGUGGCCUAGGAUCAGUGUGUGAGAUACCUGUUGGCUUCCAUGAGCUACGGAUGGGCCUUGUGUUGAGGUUGGUAGGGGUGACAGUGGUCUGUGGGUCGCUCUCAUACCAUAUUGCUUUCAUGUGUUUUGUAUCUGACUAAAAAAAUGUAACGAAGGAUGGGAUUCUCAAAGUCUUGGGGGAAGCAAGUGCUCAGGUCCAUUUGGGUUUCCAUACUCUUUGGGUGCCUGAUGCCGUGAACACGUUUCAAAAUCCCAGCCUCAGCUCUUCCAUUAUACUUGAAAACCAUGUUCUCAGUUCGACACUUUCAAACAUAAAAACCUGUUACUCUGUUCUGAUAGCAUGAAUGUAAAUUCCUGCAAGAAUGUGUAUGUGCUUUGUGAGCAAGGACCUAAAUGUAUCUACAAUGAUGUCAUGUUAUGGUCAUGCUCCAGGAGAAGAGAACACCUGCAUCAUCUUUGAGUAUUUUAGUAAAGGUACAACUAGUAGAAUGUUUACAUACAGCCUACUGAAACAAAAAAGAGGAGACAGAAGAAAGAUAGUGUAUAGUAUUUAAGUGCAAGAUUCUGCUAGUUUUUUCUUGUUUUGCAGAUCACACUAGCUAUUUUUGAAGUUCUGUAAAUGUGUAUAACUUUUGCAAAGACCAGACAGAACUACCUGUUCACUUUUGAUGUGCCCCGUGCUGAAUCGUGCCUAUUUCACUCUCUGCUGUUGUUAUGCUGCUGAUUCUGCUGUUCUGAACUGUUCACUGGAUCAUUCCAUUUGCAUGCAACACAAAUGCAAGCUGAGCUGUCUGAGAGUAAAGCUGAAACACGUUUGUAUAACUUGAAUCAAUUAAUGACUUUCUCUUUUCCACACCCUCUUGAAAUGCUGUGUAUAUUUUUGAUUUGUUUCUCCUGCCCAAAUUUUUUUCCUCUUUUGUUUUCUUUUUGAAUGGUAAUUUAUUUUUGUUUGGAUUAUAGGCAGUGUCUGUACAUUUUGUUUCAAGGUGAUAUUGUGGACAUCUUUAAAAGACAAAUUGUUAUUUUAUAUAAUUUUAUCAUAAAGUUGCUCUAAUAAAUCAUUCUUUUAUCACGUGA